CACCAUCCACUUGGCGGGUAUCGCUCUGUGUCUGCUCGCGAGUCCCUACACCGGAUAACCGGAUAUGGAGGAGUUCAUCGGGCCGCUCCGCUUCGACGAGCACAAGGCCUUCCUCCGAGUCGUCCACUCACGUGGCGGCGAUGCGCUGUACCUCGGCCCACUCUUGCCCCGAGCAAUCAAACGGUACCUCAAGCACUGGCUGCCGCUCGUCGCAAGCGAGGGCGACGGCGCCCGGCUCAUCCCGCCCCUCGAUGUCGCCUGGGUGUGGCACCUGCACCGGCUCGCGCCUCGCCGCUAUGCUGUGUACUGCAACGAGCGCUUUGGACGGGUGCUCGAGCCGGCGGCAGCGGCCUUCAAGGCACAGAGCGCUGCGGACGAGGCCGAUGGCGAGACUCGCCGGCUGUGGGAGAAGCACUACGCCGACGAGCCCUUCUUCCAGCGCGGCGAGGGCGAGAGCAGCCCGGCGGAGUGGGGCCCUCGCGACCCGCUCUCGAACCAGACGACGCUCUGCGCCGAAAUCAAGACGGCGUGCGCUGCGGCUCGCAGCGAACACGGCUUCGACUACGACGUGGAGACCUGCUCCGCGCGCCAGCGCACCUUCCUCUGGCAGGUCUCGCAGCCGGCGUUCAGCGGCAGCGAGGGCUUUGCGGCCGCCGCUGGCGAACGGUACCUCCAGUUCCUGGGCCUGAUGAAGAAGCACGGGUGCGAGGAGCACUUCUUCGUGCCGUCGUACGACAUCGACUUUGCGUGGCACACGCACAUGCUCUCCAGCACCACCUGCUACCUCCGCGAGACCGAGGCUCUCGCCGACGCCCCCGGUGGCGUCGACCACGACGACUCGGUCAACCAGCGGCACGAGGACAGCAAGCUGCAUCUGGGCUGGGCCGAGACGAAGGAGCUGUGGGCGAGUGAGCACGGCGAUGCGGCCGACCCGAUCGACCGGACCGGCGUCACGUACCGCGGCGAGCCGCCGGACUGGUGGUUUGAAGCCGACGGCAGCGACAUCUUCCGCGUGCUCGACUGCUUCCUGUCGGAGGAGGAGGUGGCGAACGCGCUCGAGAAGCUGAGCUGCGAGGCGAACGUCCGGGGGCGAGCUCACAGCGGCUUCGACAUGGGUUGCCAGGUCAGCGGCGAUGUGAUGCGCCGCCUCAGAGAGCAGAUCGAUGCCGAGGGGGCGGUGGAAGGGCGAGAGCCGGCAGAGUUGGCGCAGCCGCCGGCGGGGCAGGAGCCGCAGCAGGAGGAGGAGCAGGAGCUGGUGGAGGUGCCUGCGAGGGUGUGCCCGGCCUCCAAGAGCGUUCCCCAGCACAAGGACAAGCCGGACGGCAAGGGCGCUGCGGUGGGCAGCUGGAUCUGUGUCGUCUAUCUCACCAACCAGCCAGGCAGCGCGCUCGUCCUCGUCGACGAUGUGACCGGCCGCGAGUUUCGCGUCCCGGUUGUGGCGGGGCGCCUCUGCUGCUGGCCGAACGCCCGCUUCUCGCACCGCGUGGACGUGGACGCCGCGGAUGCCGAGCUGGCGAGCUUCCGGAGCAUGCUGGGACCCAUGGCCUUCAGCCACUCCCCUUCGAAGCAGAUC